CGCACUCAGUGCUCAGUGUCUGAUAUGGACCACAUUUGUCUGAGGAGCCAUACUGCACCAUGGCUGAUCUGUUUGACUUUGUGGGUAUUUCUAACCUCACCUUCCUGUGUGGCAUGGGGCUCUUCCUUCUGUCUCUCUGGUACCGAGAGAAGAAUCUAUGUUUCCCAAUAUUUUGGAAACAAAGAGACAUUAAUCAGGGCAAAGCCAAGAGGAGACGGAAACAUGGGACACAGAAAGGUUGGAGAGAUUGCCAGAGUGAAGUAGAGGCGGCAAGGAAGCUGCUUUCUUUUCUGCAAAGCCCCUCAUGCCAGCAUCAAGAUACCAUCUGCUUCCGUCAACUGUUGUGCCCAGACCCCCUCUGUGAGGUGUGCAAUAGAACAACUGCUGAGGUCAAGCGACUGCUGUUCCAGGAGUCUCCAGAAGAUGCUGCUCCCUCUGUGUCUCCUUUGGCUUCCACAGCAGCUGGAAAAUCAAUACCAGUCCCUCUCCCUGAGCCUUCCCCACCUCCUGUCUCCAUUCUCUCACCUGACCUGAUGACCCCCUUACCUGACUUCCUUUCGUCCUUACCACUGGAUGACUCCCUGCCACCACAGCCCGCUCCUUCCUUGGAAUCCACAUUCCCACGGGACCAUUCCCCACCCAAGCCACUUGUCUUUCCCCCUCUCCCACCACAUCAUACUCAGGGAGCAGAACCUGUUCUCCAACCUGAGGCCACUUUGUCUGUAAAGACCACCUUCACAUUUGACCCCAUCCUUUCCCAAGAUAUCGAUGCCUUACCAAAUUUGUCCCAGGCAAUGGAUCCCACUGAUUCACAUACUUGUCAUCAUGCAUCAUCAGCCUCCUCUGCUUCACCACCGUCAGACUGUACUUUAACUGUGACUCAAUCUAAAUCAGUCUCCAUCGUAUUGAAGCCUGUUCUAGAGAUGUCCUCUCCAGAUAGCUCCAAUGGGUUGUCUACUUAUGUCCCAAUAGUCAGAGGCAUUGAUCCUUCAAUUUCAGAAUUCUCCUGGUGGAAGGCUCAUGCCAGGAACAUGUUCCUCCCCAGAUUACCACACUCUGAUUUUCAGCAGGAGCACAUUUCUGUCCAUCUAACAGAGACUUCUGCUACCAAGCAUGUGGUAGACAGUUUUUCUUUCCUUGGUCUUAACAUACAGACACUCUUGGAGAGACAAAUAAAAAAAAGAAUGCCAUUGCAGGUUUUGGAGAAGAAAGAAGAGGAGGAAGGACCAUUUUUAAAACAAAUGUGGUCAGAAUACCAACGGACAUCUUCAGGGAAUUCACUGGAGACACUGGUUGAUGGGCAGGACACCACAGCCCCCCAAACUGGCUGGACCACCGAAGACACACCAGAGAAUCUGUACAUUUGUCAGCAGCUCCUAUAUGUCCAUACUUUGGGAGAAAACUUUCAGAAGAAGUAUAAGCAACUCUUUUGGGGUCUUCCCUCUCUGCACAGUGAGUCCCUAAUGGCUUCUCUCUUGGUAUCUAGGAGCAAUUCCCCACUAGAGUCUAGUUUUACCUUAUUCAAUGGAAUCUGUAAUGCUCCAGAAGUCCAAAUACAGGAUCAAGAAUCUCCACCAUUUUUUCACUCCCAUCUUCUUCCCCACACCAUUGUACAUCCCCAUUCCUUUUCUCAAAACAAUCUUCAACCACAGAUUGUACCUCUCACUCAGGUCCAUUCCCAGGCCCACCAUCAAUCCUCCCUUCCUAUGCUACCAUCAUCUUUUCCACCCCAAGUUAAGGACUGUGGAGUAUUUUUCCAUACACUCCAGAAUGAGCCUGACAUUCACAUCUCAAAUGAAAAUCAACAUCUGGAAUGGCAUGUGUUACAGAAGCAACAGGAAAGUUUGUGGGGUUUAGUUCCUGUACUCCAAGGAGCUCAAGAACCUGUCUGUCUUCCAGCUCCUAAUUUUCCAUUUGUUGCCCAGUCUUCCCAGGCCUCUAUUCCAGUCCCCAUCUUUCCUGGCCAUUUUCAUGUCAGUGAAACCCAGGAGCAACUGGAGAUCCAUGUUCCAGAGAGGCUAAUGCCACACUGUUGCUUCCAUGCCUGUAGGAAUCUAGGAUCUGUAGCACUGAUGGAGCCUCAGUGCCAAUCAACAGAAAUAUCUCAGCAGAAUUACAGUCAUACUUAUUUACAGCGCUUUGAGCUUCAGGGCCACAGUAGCAAGGAUAUACAUAAGAUAGAAUUGAGUUGCGCAGAAAGUUUACAUGAGAGAGUCGCAACAAAGUUUCAAUCAAGCCAGCACGAGACAAAGAAUCUUGGGCAGAUCUUCGGGAGGUGCCCAUUACACAAUCCAUCAACAAUCUCAGAUUAUGUCUCAGUGAGGGCUCUGAGGGCUGCCUCUGAGGCAAACAGUGACGGGGUAUGUCACUCAAGAAAUGACUCAGGGAAUGAAUUACAAAUCAUAUCAAGGAGGAAUUUAGAACUGAAUGAAAUAAAAUCCAUUCUUAGAGUGCAUUUGAGCAGGAAGUCUUGGCAGAUCGCUGCAGAUAGGAUCCCUGUAGGCGUGUGCCAUUCAUGGCUGGCUCACAACAAUGCAUGUCCUCCUUCUGGGAGUUCCCACACCGACAUGAAAAACAUAAAUUUAACACCACUAUUGGAUAGGGCCAACUGCACGACUACCAUGCAAGAGCUUUCCUUUCUUGAUACCAAAACCCAUCAGAGUCUAGAAGCUCACAUUAUGAGGUUUAGUGUAAGUCAGCAGUGGGGCUUACCCCUUAAGGUUCUUGAAUCCAUAAAAUCCUAUGUGUUGAGAGAAGCCAUAACAUGGCCUCUUCCCCAAUUUGACUUUCCUUUGUCCACCACCUACUUUUCUAGGGUGGUUUCUAAGACCCUCAAGGGAAGCUCUGAAACUUUUCAGGAAGACAAGUUAGGAACAGUAAAUUCAGUUCCCUGCUUAGAUUAUCUCCUCCCUGCUACCCCACCUGUGGCCAAAGAAGUACAGGAGGCUCUGGGGCAAUCACUCUCUGAUGCUGACGGUGAGCUUACGGAGAAUGUCCAGAUAAUUGAGGAUGGCAGACAGACUCUUCUGCCCCACACACACAGCAGUAUACACAAAGCAAGUCAGAAAGAGAGUAUACUAGUCAAAAAAGACAGCCUAAAGCUUCCCACAGGGCAAGAUGAGGAUGGACAUGCAUCAGGGAAUGAGAGAGUGAGUUCCUGCGACACAGUAGAAAGGCUUCAGGACGAAAGAAUGGUGCAGAAGAAUUUAGAAUAUUUUUCUAUAUGCAACGUGUCUAGGGAGAUAUUCAAGGCUGAGGAGCUCCGUGCUCUUCAAUCAAAAUCUACUGAUAUCUUGACAACCAAUGAGUUGGGAAGUUGCUCAAUGAUAAAUGAGAAUAUGAGUAAAGAAGAAACUACCCUGACCGUCAAAUACUCUCCACCUAGAAUAUUGGUUCCUGAAUAUAUUGAAUCAUCAGACCUUAAUAGAAAGCUGAUUAGUCAGUUAAAAUUUAAAUUGGAGAGUGAGUUCCAGCGCCAGGCUCAAGACUAUUCCAGUGACAUAUUCUAUACUUCAGAUAGCUUGGGUUCGGAUUCCUCCCAGAGUGUCUCCAGUGGACGUGGGGAGCUGGACCUGUCUCCUGGGGAGCUGGAACUGCCAGCUCCCCAGGUGCUGCAUGUUCACUUGGACAAUGGAGAGAUCAUCAUGGGGCAGAGGCAGGAGCCCUGGGUCCCUACGUGUGUCUUACAGCAGUACCAGAAUAAGAAUUUCCAAUCAGCUGAGAGGAGACUGAGACUUCUGGAAGCCAGAGCAGGAGAAAGAAGACCUAAGUACUCAAGAUUAGAGACAUCCAAAGCCGUAAGGAAGAGCCAUCCUGUCAAAGACAGGAAAUUAGAGAAGACUUCCAAGUGUCCGCCCCAGAAGGAACCUCAUGAAAGUUAUUUCAGAAAAAAGAUGAGGCAACUUUUUCAGUGGUUCAGAUCCAAGAGAAAAAGCAUAGGGCAGGAAAGUCCCCCGCGAAAAGGCAAGUUCAUGCCAGCCUUUGUACGGGGCCAAGAACCCAUUCAAGGAAGACCUAUCUUUUUGAGUUGUGGGCCUCUUGAAGCUUCUGAGCUCAUGAUGGUCAUGGGGAAGAUCCUUGAGGAAAAACUGGCAUGUAGGCAGCAACCUGAGGCCUUGCAAUUAAGUCGGCAGAGGCAGAAAUUGAGGGCCCAGGCAAAGCCCCACAAAGGAAAACCCGCCUAUUAUGUGGUUCCCGUUGACUCAUAGGAAGGGGAAGGAUCAGGUACCAACUCCUGCAACCAAGAGCUGUCUCUACUGGCCCAAGUUGUCUUGCAAAUUUUAAAAGACCAGGGAUAGGAUCAGACAUCCCAGAAAGUUGUGACAUUAAAAGACAAGCUAUUAUUCCAGAGUCAUCCCCCUUUUCCCACCCUCCCAUCCAAGCCUCACCUGCAUGCCAGGUAUGUGAGUGCCUCUGGCUGCCCUCACUCCAGGUGAAUGUACUGUGUUUAGAGAUUUGACUCUUCUAUGGAAACAGAAAAUUCAUCUCCAGCACUUACAGGAAAGAAGAAUUUUCCCCAAGGAAUAAUCCAGUUCUUGUUGAAAUAGCCUCUUAGUUUUCAUGAUAGCACAUCCUCUGAUGAGAGCCAUUUCUUUUUAGCACAACCAAGAAUAUUGAUCCUCUCCAAUAAAUGUUUCUUCUGCUA